AAGCCCCCAUGGUCAGUGCAUCACAUGUGGACAGGCAAAGGUCAUGUGAAGUACACAGAACAUGUCUACAAGCAAUAACUCAUCCAAACUAACUUUGCAUAUCCAGAAUAGAAUCUUCCUCAACGUUCAAUCGCUAAACCAUGAAAGAUUAGUUUGCGGUACGAUACCGGGAUACAAAUCUUGUAUACAAUCUACAGAUCCACACACCUACCUAGGCCUAUAAAAUGGUGAGCGAGAUCUGAAUAUGAAUAGUAGAGUCAUGGAGCAGGAAGGCUACGGAGAGAGAUGUGUGUCAGCAGCCAUGGGUCAUGGAGGAGUGCCUGCUCCUUUCCUCUCGAAGACCUAUCAAAUUGUCGAUGACCCUUGCACCGACCACAUUGUGUCGUGGGGAGGAGAUGAGACUACCUUUGUGGUCUGGAGGCCCCCUGAGUUUGCAAGGGAUCUCUUGCCCAAUUACUUCAAGCACAACAACUUCUCCAGCUUUAUCAGACAGCUAAAUACUUAUGGUUUCAGAAAGAUUAUGGCAGAUAGGUGGGAAUUUGGCAACGAAUUCUUCAGGAAAGGAGCAAAGCAUUUGCUCUUAAAAAUCCACCGAAGAAAGGCCCCUCAAGCUCCCCUAGACUACCCCCAAUUCCACCACGAGAUGAUCAAUGGUUGGAUCAUGCAACCACCAUUGACACUCUCCGCGAUAAGCUACAAUGACGACGAUGAUCGGGGCCUCCUUUCAGCUCUUUUGGAAGACAACAAGUCGCUAAGGAGGAGGAACUCCUCCCUUCUGUCUGAACUCACCCACAUGAAGAGGCUCUACAAUGGCGUUCUUCACUUCCUCCAAAACCAUAUAGUCAUUGACUCAUCUCCUUAUUCAGGAUCGAGCUCCCGAUUGCAAUGGCACGACAAUGAAGGCUCAACCAGCUUCCCUGAUAUAACAAUGGAAGAGGUUGACAAAAGUAUCAAGCUUUUCGGUGUUCCUCUUCGCGAUGAGAAGAGAUUGCAAUCUGAAAUUAGAUCUAAUAGCUCAUGGAACUGAAGGAAGUAGAGAACAAUUGUUUGAACACUAAGAGUUGUACAUUGGAGUAUGUAAAUCAGCUAUGACUAAGGAUUCAUCUCUA